AUGGCCUUCAAAAAAUUCGUAAAAUUCUCGAUCCUGUCACUCGCCGCGUUUACAGGUGCUGCUGCAUUUCCUUGCAAUGACUGCUCUCAGCAGUUGGCAGAGUCGAAUUCCAAGAAGGAAUCCACGAGCAGUACGAACACGGGCGACGUUCGCAACCUCACCGUCGAUGGAAACCAGCACAAUAACCUCUAUGAGGCUGAAGCGCAUCCACUACUUGCUCGUGAGAAGACAUAUGAAGAACUGGUGCAUUGGAAUGAUUGGCGAGAAUGGGAGUGGCCACCACAGAAGAGAGCGAAAUGGCCCCCGGGGGUCCGAUUUGACUUUGAAGAGGUAGUUAUCCCGCACCUACCUUGGGUGGGAAUCGAGCUACCUUCUCCUCUCAUACCGACGCAGAAUGAAACGUUGCACGCCAUCUACAAGAUAGCCGCGGUAGCAUGGGCUAUGGAAGAACAAAAGCCAACGCCUCAGAGAAGAUUGGAGUUCGCGCAGCUGGAUAACCUUUCCAAGAACUUUAUGCUCGCUACCAAGUGCCGAUGGGAGGGAGAUUGCGGCGUAUACAAGCAGCUGAACCUCGAUAUAGCGUGGUACGACCUUCUAGGUAUUCCUAUCGGUAUUCCAUCCGUUUGGUUUGUCAGGAACCUCAUGGCCAAGCCUAUGUAUAGGUGGAUGGACGGGUUGGAGGACGGGUCACUGUGGAAGGCGAAGGUGUAUGAUCAACUAAAGACCCAGCUUAAGUUGAAGACAGAACAGGAGGCGCUUGUUAAUCUGGGGAAACAGUUGCAAGCUUUGGGCUUGCCUCAGUCUCAAUUCAGUGACUGGAGUUAG